UGGAAACACGUUGACCUUGUUUGGUACAAAUCUACAAAUCAUGCCUGAGACUUUCGACAGUGUAAUUCCCAACGGCUCGUGGGUUCUAGUGACUGGCGUUAAUGGAUAUGUCGCUUCUCACACUGCAGACCAGCUCCUGCAGCAUGGGUAUAAGGUCCGCGGGACUGUGCGAAACACGACGAAGAAUCAAUGGAUAAAAGACCUCUUCGACCGCAAAUACGGAGCAGGCUGCUUUGAACUCGGCCAGGUCGAGGAUAUGACCAGUCCAGGGGCAUUUGACCACGCGGUUAAAGGUGUAUGGGGAGUUGUGCAUGUAGCGACAAUAUUUGGCCAAACACCUGAUCUGAUUUCUCAGGUGGUUGACACGAACCGGAAUCUUCUGGCUAGUGCAGCUGGCGAAACGACUAUCAAGCGGUUUGUGUAUACAUCAUCGUCCGAAGCAGCGGUCUUUACAUCCUCCCACGAGCAUAGAAGCACUGAGAGAACCAAUAUAACCAUCGACACGUGGAACGAAGAGGCUCUCAGAAGAAUUAAAGAAGGCUCUACCCAGGGCCCUAAAGGCGGGUUUGACAUGUACGCGGCAAGCAAGACCUUGGGAGAGCAGGCGAUAUGGCAGUGGGUUGACGAGCACCGUCCUGGAUUUGUGGUCAACACCGUUCUCCCCUCUGUAUGCUUCGGCUCGUCAGUCGAGCCCAAGCUCCAAGGACAUGCGUCGUCAUCAGCAUGGCCGGCCGCCAUCUUUUCGAACAAAUUUGACCAAGUCUGGCCGUUUAUACAGCACAUCAUACCAACAGGAGCAUACUGCGUCGACACGCAAGAUGUUGCCCUUCUCCACCUGGCAGGCCUCACGCUUCCAAACGUCGAGAACGAGCGCUUGUUUGCGUUCGGGACUCCUUUUACCUGGAAUGAAGUGAUUUGGACGUUCCAAAAGGAGUUUCCUGACCGUCAGCUCCCAGCUGCCUUGACUUUCCCAAGUGUAACUGGGACUUCUCUCAAUAUUACUCAAGAUGCCCGUGCACAAGAGCUGUUGAAUAUCAUGGGGAAGUCAGGGUGGUCGAGCUUGGAGGAGAUGUUGAUGGCUAAUAUAGCAGAUAUGAUACAAGCAGAUUAA